AUAUACUUUAUCAAAAUUAUUAAAUAUAUUUACACAAAAUAUGAUAUUGAAAAAUAUUGAAUCUAAAAAAAUACAUGAAUCUAACAUAGUUAAGGACGAUAUUAAUAAUGAUAAAUUGAAAUACACUUUACCAUAUAAUAAUUUAUUAGAAGAAAAUAAAUAUAUUAAUAAAGUGAAAGUGGAAAAAUGUCGGAAUAUUAUAAAAAUUUUACAAAUUAACUGGAAUAUAGAUGAGCAUGACUUAAACCAUCGACUUAAAACUGCUAUAUUAUCAUUAAAAAAAGGUUAUAAUAUUGACAUUAUAAUUAAUUCUAAAAAAUCUGAUAAAAGGUUUGAAUUAUCCAAACGAGAAAAAAUGUUAAAAAAUUUACAUGAGAAAAUGUUAAUCAAUGGAGAUGAAAGAAAACCUGCAAUUGGUACUAUAAAUGGACUAUACAGAUUAUAUUUUAAGCCAAAAAAUUGUUUUUAGUAAAAUAUUAAUGAAUUUAUAAAUACAAUAUAUUCAUUAUGAU